UAAAACGUCAGGACCCACGACAACAUGAAUUUGCCACGUAAUUAGGGCGCUCUUCAUUCGUCUGUCCGUCAAACCCGAGGCUCAUUUAUCCUCCAGCAGUCAAGCAGACCGGACUGAGUCUGUGUGUAUACUGAGUGUGGCGCGUGGUGUGGUGUGUGUAUACCGUGUGUGGUGUGUGUGUUUGUGUGUGUGCUUGUGGGGAAAACGUGGACAUCAUCUUCAUCAUCAUUAGAGCUCGUGCUCAAACUCAGAGACGCGCCGAUGCUGAAGAACACGGAGCGCGAGCUCUUGGAGAACCCGGAGAACUGCGUUACUCGAUGUGGAGUUGUUUGUCUCGGAGAUAGAGGAACGGAUUCAUGACUGGUUUUCGGAUCUGAGAGAGAGAGAGAGAGAGAGAGAGAGAGAGAGAGAGAGAGAGAGAGAGAGAGAGAGAGAGAGAGAGAGAGAGAGAGAGAGAGCUCUGUCCUGCCUAUAUUCACAGCGCUUGGUUGAAAUCCAUGUUUGCUGCGGCGCGCUCUCGGAGGCCGUGCGCGCUACACUUCCGUUCCCUCAACGCCGCAGCUUGAGUCAUGACUUCUGGUUAUGCAGCGCAUGUAAUGGACAGAGCGAUCACUGCGGCCAAUCUGGACCAUUUACACGCCAAGAAGAACUUUUCCGUGAGCCACUUGCUGGACCUGGAGGACGUUCCGGAGAUGGCCGGAGCUCAGGCCGAGGAGAGCAGCACGGACGCAGGCACAGGACACCUGGAGUCACCGGGGCUCACCAGCGGCAGCGACACGGCGCAGCAAGACAAUGAGCAGCUGAACUCUGAGGAGAAGAAGAAGCGGAAGCAGAGGAGAAACAGGACCACGUUCAACAGCAGUCAGCUGCAGGCCCUGGAGCGGGUGUUUGAGAGGACACAUUACCCCGACGCCUUCGUCAGGGAGGAUCUGGCACGCAGGGUUAAUCUCACCGAGGCCCGCGUGCAGGUGUGGUUUCAGAACAGAAGAGCUAAGUUCCGGCGUAACGAGCGUGCGCUGUUGGCGAGUAAAAACGCCUCACUGCUCAAAUCCUACUCCGGAGACACGGCGUCGGUGGAGCAGCCAAUGGUCCCGCGGCCAGCGCCGAGGCCCAGCGAUUACAUGUCCUGGGGAAGCUCACCUCAGUACAGCGCCAUGGCCUCGUACUCGCCGUCAUGUGCCAACAACAACGCGGUGCAGGGAGUGAACAUGGCCAACAGCAUCGCCAACCUGAGACUGAAGGCCAAGGAGUACAGCAUGAACCAGGUGCCGACCGUCAACUGACGGAGGAAACCAGCUCCGAAGCGGGAGACGAGUGGCACCGAGCUGCUAUGAUACCCGACAAAGACCUUUCACACAAACACUUCUGUCUGUGUGGACUCGAAGGCUCACAAGAAAAACAUGUUUAAAGAAAACUUCUAAAGCAGUGAUUGACGUCAGCGGUGCUCUAACGUUUGGCAGAGCGAGGAAAACUCUGCUCGAUUUAACGGGAAAUGGAAAGUGUGUGUUUUCACGUUUCCCACAGCCGCACAGGCGUCGCUCCUCGAGGAGGAACUUUACUCUACACUUAUAGAGACUGAAGCAGCUCCGUGGAUGAACAUUUUGGAAUUUAGCAAUGCAAAUCUCAUGGACCUUAAGUUCUGGGAGCCUUCAGGACUUUUCCUUGAUUUCUCCUGGGACAUAAUCACGGCCACAGACUGGAUUGUUUUUGUUUUAGGGGAAAUAUACCUUUGUAAUGAAUAUACUUUUAAAGAUUUUGCUGUUGGGUUUAUGUUACUGAUGUGUAUUUUAAAGCAUGUCAAAACAUGCAUAGGUCUCCACACACACACACACACACACACACACACACACACACACACACACACGCACACACACGCACACGCACACACACACACACACACACACACACACGCAGCACCACAAGGAAAUACACACAGGAAGUACACACAUUGCACACACAUACAAUUUGUGCACAUUUAUAUUAAAAAUAAAAUAUACUAGCCAUGUUAGUCAUAGUCCCAUAGAAGGAGGUGUGGCCUGUAUGCCUGUCAGUCAUAGUCCCAUAGAAGGAGGUGUGGCCUGUAUGCCUGUCAGUCAUAGUCCCCUAGAAGGAGGUGUGGCCUGUAUGCCUGUCAGUCAUAGUCCCAUAGAAGAAGGUGUGGCCUGUAUGCCUGUCAGUCAUAGUCGAAUAGAAGGAGGUGUGGCCUGUAUGCCUGUCAGUCAUAGUCUUGGGAAAGGAGGCAUGACCUGUAUGAAUGUCAGUAGAUGUCCCAGUGAAGGAGGCGUGGCCUCAACACUUGUAAGUCAGAGAGAAGGUGUGGCCUGCAUGUACAGAAUUCAAUCUCUAGUCUUUUCUUAUGAUGGAAAGAAAGUAUAACUUGUUGCUUUCCUUCUCUCUUAAGUCUCACUUUAGAAUAUUUUUUGUGUUUCAGUUUUUUAGAAGUUUUAAUAAUUGUUUUAUGAUACAAUUUUUGUUCACUUUUUGUAUAACUUUUUUGUGUAUUAUAUUUGAUACUUGAUUUGAUUUCUGUACUCGCUGGCUGCAUUAAAAGUAGCUGUCUUUCAGUCCUUGUGAAGGAGGCGUGGCCUGUGUGCCUGUCAGUCCCUGUCCCAGUGAAGGAGGCGUGGUCUGUGUGCCUGUCAGUCCCUAUCCCAGUGAAGGAGGCGUGGCUUGUGUGCCUGUCAGUCCCUGUCCCAGUAAAGGAGGCGUGGCUUGUGUGCCUGUCAGUCCCUGUCCCAGUGAAGGGGGCGUGGCCUAUGUGUGUCUGUCAGGUAAAGGUGGCGGUGCAGUCAGAUAAAACUAAAUAAUGAAAUAAUUUUCAUGUAUCUUGCUUACAUCAGACUUCUUUUAUCUUUCAUCUCGAAACUAAAGAUUUGCAUUCCUAAUAUAAUACAAUAACUAUGCAAUUCCACCUGAAUUAAUGUGGAACAAGAUGCAGUGUGUAUGUUUGUAUGUAUGUGUGUGUGGUGUGUGUGUGUGUGUGUGUGUGUGUGUGUGUGUGUGUGUGUGUGUGUGUGUGUGGCGCGACAUUACCCUUUAGCUUUUAUAUUGAGUAUAUCUGAACCUGUAAUAUUCUUAUGCAAUAAAACAUUUGCAAGCAGCAAACUGCCAAAGCAUUAGUGUGUUAAGGAACAGAAAGCUUUCCUGCCUUUAUCGCUUCGAAGUGUUUGAGUCCUCCGAGCUGCACAGGCGACAGUAACGAGAGUUAACACACUCGACAUUCUUAGUUUCUUUCAAGUUUUAGAAUAAAAUUUGAAAAUAAAUAACAGCAUGCGCUCUCAUACUCGGACCCCUCCGAUUUUUUUUAGGGGUCCAAGCACUUGUUGCAUCUGGAAGAACUUUUUUCUAACUCUGACGUUUUUUUUCUUCUUGUAUCUUUAAAGUAACUCCAUAUGGUUUGUCAGUUCAUAUAGUUAAAAGAAGAAGGUCCAGAUGUUGCUUACAUUCUUUCUCAAUCUGGAUGAAGAAUGACCAGAAAUCUCUCUCUGACCGUCUCUUAUCUUAAAAACACAAUAAAAACUUUGCACACUGA